GAUCCGGAUAUGUAUGUAAACCGGAAGCGGAAGCAGCAGUUGCUUCGCAUGUAAGUCUUCAGGACGGGCUCUAGCGUGGACUGGGCACUUCACCGGGAAAACGUUACUUGAGCAAGAUGAACAGCGUUGACGUUCCCUUGACGCAGCAUGUCAAAAGCAAGAAAAAUAAAAAGGCUAAUGAGAUCGAGGUCGCGGAACAGCCAGACAAGAUGGAAACCGGCAACGUCGAGGUGAAAGAAGAGAAGACUGAAGAGGCAAUCGCCUUCCCACCGACGUUCAGUUUGGCUGAAAUCAAGAAUAAACAGCGAAGACACAUAAUGUUUAUGAAAUUAAAGCAGGAGAAAAGAAAGAAAAAGUUGGAGCUGAAGAAAAAGAGGAAAAGGCAAGAAAAAAUUCUGGGGCACAAGGCACCGCCUAAGCAGGCCCCCAAGACAAUCGAAAACCAAAGAGUCUACGACGAAACGACAGUUGACCCGGAAGAUGAAGAGGUUGCGUUUGAUGAGGCAACAGAUGAAUUUUCUGCCUACUUUAACGGCCUAACGAACCCCAAAGUGCUCAUCACAACGUCAGACAGACCCAGGGGGAGGACUGUGAGGUUCUGUGAGCAACUGGCCACUGUGAUUCCAAACGCUCACGUCUACUACAGAAGAGGCUUGGCCCUCAAGAGGAUCAUUCCGCAAUGCGUCGCCAGAGACUUCACAUACCUUAUCGUUAUCAACGAGGACCGAAAAGUGCCGAAUGGUUUGGUUCUUUGUCACCUCCCUGAAGGGCCAACUGCACACUUCAAGGUCAGCAGUGUUCGAUUAAGGAAGGAACUGAAGCGACGAGGUAAGGACCCAACUGAGCACUAUCCAGAAGUGAUCCUGAACAACUUCACUACACGUUUGGGCCACAGCAUCGGCCGGAUGUUGGCUGCUCUUUUCCCUCAAAACCCCCAGUUUGUGGGUCGCCAGGUGGCCACCUUCCACAACCAGAGAGACUUCAUCUUUUUCCGGUUUCACAGAUACAUUUUCAAGAACGACAAGAAGGCCGGCAUACAGGAGUUGGGACCUCGCUUCACUCUUAAGCUUCGCUCUUUGCAGAAAGGCACCUUCGAUUCGAAGUUUGGCGAGUAUGAGUGGGUCCUCAAGCGCCACGAAAUGGAUGCCUGCAGGCGGAAAUUCCAGCUGUGAAGGCGAAAUCAUCUCUGUUCUGAUUAUGGAAGGACAUUAGUUUAUCCCACACUUGUUUGCCGUUUCAAAUGACUUGUUUUUUCUGGCCCUUGAGACUUUGUGACCAACCCAUGAGAGCAGUCUUCAUCACGGAGUCAUUACAGAAGAACUGAUUUUCUUCCGUUCAGUUGCUUGUGCUUUUAACACACUACAAAGUGUGAAUCAUUUACUGACUAUCAGCUAUUUUCAAAAAUGUCUCCCUUGCAACAAAGCUGUCCCAAAAUGACAAGUAACAUUCA